ACUAAAUAUACUAAAUAACAUAUACUAAAUAACAUUUACUAUCUACUAAAUAUCAUAUAAUAUAUUAUUAUAUAUAAUAAAUAAAAAAUACGAAAAUGAAUAAUUCAUAUCAUAUAUUAAUAACAUAUAUGAAUUACUAAUAUCAUAUAUGAAUAGUAAUGAAAUUGCAAGAAUAAAAAUUGCAAUAAAUAUCAAAAUACUAAAAGAGGUUUUUCAUGAUUUAUCAAUUGCUUAUACUAGAUCGUUUAGUAGGUUUAUGGCUUAAAAUACUAAAUUCAGCCAUUGUGAUGGGACUGUAUUAUGGAUUUCUGACUACAUUCUCCAUAGGGCCAUCUUAUCUCUUCCUUAUUCGAGCCCGGGUUAUGGACAAAGGGACCGAGACGGAAAUAGCAGCAACAACCGGGUUUAUUACGGGACAGCUUAUGAUGUUCAUAUCGAUCUAUUAUGCGCCUUUGCAUUUGGCUUUGAUUAGACCUCAUACAAUCACUGUCCUAACUCUACCGUAUCUUUUCUUUAAUUUCGUAUACAAAAACAACAAACACUAUUAUUCGGCGGAUUCUCACUUUUAUUUGGAUUUGGAUUACGGAUACAAGAAUCCAAAUUCAAUACGUAAAUUUCGUAUUUACAAAGUAUUCUUUAACAAUCUUUUUUUUCAGUUAUCAAACCCCUUGCUUUUCCCAAGUUCAAUCUUACUAAGAUUAAUGAACAUUUAUCUCUUUCGAUCCAACAAUAAAUUGUUAUUCUUAACAAGUAGUUUUCUUGGUUGGUUAAUUGGUCAUAUCUUUUUGAUGAAAUGUAUUGGAUUGAUAUUAUUAGUUUGGUCAAAGCAAAAAAAUUCGAUCAAAUCUAAGUUAACUAUGCGAUUUGAUAAGUACAUUCUAUUACAAUUGCGAAAUUAUGUGGGUCAAAUAUUUGUUGUUUUUUCAUUUGUUAUCGUUGUCCACUAUUUAGGCAGAACACCGGUUCCAUAUUUAUAUACUUAUACUGAUGAAAUCUUAGAAUACGACGAGAAACAAAAGGAUGAAAUCAAUGGUGAAACAGAAAUCGAUGUUGAAAUAGAUUCGGAACAAGAACAAAACGGCUCCAUCGAAGACGAAGAAGAUAUUCUUUCUUAUCUUUUUCCGAAAAAAGAUAAGACUUUGGAGAACAUUGAGCAAGAUAAUAAUCUCUUGGCAUUGGAAAAACCUCUUGUAACUACUCUUUUCGAUUAUCGAAAAUGGAAUAGGCCAUUGCGAUAUAUAAAAAACGAUCACUUUGAAAGAGUCGUACGAGAUGAAAAUUCACAGUUUUUUUUCAUAUAUGUCAAAGUGAUGGAAAAGAACGAAUCUCUUUCACGUAUCCACCUGAUUUAUCUAGUUUUCUGAAAAUCAUGGAAAAAAAAAUGGAUCUCUUCACAAAAGAUAAAAUCUCCUAUAAUGAUAAUGAAUUGUCUAAUUAUUGGAGCUCCAAUAAUAAAGAAAAAGAAAGAAACUAAGCAAUGAAUUUUUUAAAAGGGCAAAAGUUCUAGAUAAGAAAUAUAAGAAAUAUAAGAAAUUUAUUCCUGUGGAUGUAUUUGAAAACCGAAUUAGAUUGUCUAAUGAUAAGAGGAAAAUAAAAUAUUUAACUAAAAUAUAUGAUCCUUUCUUGAAUGGACCUUUUCGUGGACAAAGCUUUUCACCAUCAAUUCAAAAUGAAACUUACACAACAAAUUCCAUUUUGAUAAAUAAGAUUCAUGGUCUCCUUCUUAUUAAUAGUAAUUAUCCAGAAUUUGAUAAUAGUAAUUAUCCAGAAUUUGAUAAUAGUAAUUAUCCAGAAUUUGAACAGAAAAUAGAUCAAUUUGAUAGAAAAUUUUUAUUAACUGAAAUUGGUUUUUUUUUUAACUUAAUAAGUCAAUUUUCGGAAAAAUCCGUAUCAAGUUUUAAUUUUGACGGACUUUAUUUAUUUCCAGAACAUGAACAAGUAAAAAUAUAUUCCGAAGAAAAAAAAAGAAAAAAAAAUUCUUAUUCGAGGCAAUUAGAACUGAUCAGAACAACCAAACCAUUUUUAAUAGAAA